AGCAGUCCGGCACUCUCACCAACCCCUCCAUCAUCUCUCUCCCUCAGGCGUCCUCCCAGAGGCCUCUGCUCUCUUCAUGGCCAUCUUCAACAGGCGGAAGAACGCCGACCCCAACGACAAUUCGGAACCAAAGAAGGAAAAGGGCAGCUGGAAGCGCCCGGCCAAUACUGCGUUCAAGCAGCAACGAUUGAAGGCAUGGCAGCCCAUUCUCACUCCAAAGGCAGUCCUUCCCACUCUCUUCAUCAUCGGUAUCCUUUUCGCCCCCAUCGGCGGUCUGCUCGUGUGGGGCAGCAGCACCGUCACAGAAAUGACCAUCGACUACACAGACUGUGACACUCUGACCGCUCAGUCCACCCUUUCGGAUGCGCAGAACAACCUUGUCAAUGUUCCCCACUACACCUACCGCCUUCGUUCCUCCCAGUCCGAUGCACAAUAUACCGCACCCCAGUAUGCCUUCAUAAACAGCUCAACAGACAACUCCGCUCGCAAUCAGUGUAUCGUCCAGUUCGACGUUCCAUUCGAUCUCGAUCACACUGUCCUCCUCUACUACAAGCUCACCAACUUCUACCAAAAUCACCGUCGAUAUGUCCAGAGUUACGACUCCGACCAGCUUAAGGGGAAAAACCGCACGGCGAGCGAUCUUCACAACGGUAACUGCAAGCCUGUCGCCAUCCUCGACAACAAAGUCGUCUACCCAUGCGGCUUGAUCGCUAACUCAAUGUUCAACGACACGUUUUCGAACCUGACGAUGCUCAACCCCUCUGAGAACGCUACGGACUCGUAUCAGUUCAGCGAGCAGGGCAUCGCCUGGCCGGGAGAGGCAAAGAAAUAUACGAACUCCCCCGACUAUAACCUUGACGAGAUUGUUCCGCCUCCGAAUUGGGCCGCCCAGUUCCCCGAUGGCUACACGACGGACAAGCCCCCACCCGACCUCCGCUCCAACGAGCACUUUCAGAAUUGGAUGCGCACCGCCGGCCUCCCCACGUUCACUAAGCUCUACGGCAGGAACGAUGGCGACAAACUGCUCAAGGGCCGGUAUCAGCUCAACGUCACCAUGAACUUCCCAGUGCGGUCCUACUCAGGAACGAAGUCGAUAGUCAUCACCACGGUAUCGUGGAUGGGGGGGAAGAACCCGUUCCUCGGCUGGGCAUACGUGGCUGCAGCCGGUCUCUUCGUUCUGCUCGCCGUCACAGGUACUAUCCGACACCUCCUGAAGCCAAGGCGGCUCGGAGACAUGAGUCUUCUAUCUUGGAAUCGGUGAUCAGGGGUUCCCGUCGCGCAUCUAAUUUCCACCAUAUGUACUGGACAGUUUGCUAUACAUGUAUUAUUUUCGCGCGCGCGGCGGCUGUCGUCGGCGAGCCUGCUCAGUGCGCAGGAUAAUAAUGGAUUGAAAUCCUUGUUUGUACUCAGCGUUUCGAUAGGGAAUCAUAUAAGACGCGGCUUUUCGC